ACGUACCCGGCAGAUGUGGGGUAGUGGGCCUAGGUGACGGGGAACAGAAGGCGGAGUAGACGCGCGGUUGGACGGCCGUUCCCCGCCGACGAGGUGUUCCAUGGAUCAGAAUCGGAGCCGCCGUCUGAUCCAUGGAUCGAAAAAAUCGCUAUACGGUGGGGACGCACCAGCCUCGAAUUGAAUGCACCAGCGAGUUCUCGACCAGAGAACGAGUGGGGUUUGUGAAGCGGAGGAGUGCGAUUAGGGGGCAAGGAGCGGCGGCGGCGAUCCACCAUGGAAUUCCUGAUGCAGCCCAUCAGCAGAUCUGCUGUGCUGGAGGAGGUUGGAGAGAGUUUGAUGCCUGCCCCGGUAGUUGUGAAUGGUGGCCUACUGGCGUACCAGACGGAGCCCGAGCCGGCGGCCCUGGAGCCGGCGGUGUCGGUGCAGGAAAGGAUGGUGAAAACGGAGAGGCGCAAAUCUUGUCGGGCAAGAGGUACCACUCCCCUCCGACGUCUGAACUGUCAACUGGGAAGAUGAAUCCCGAAGCACCCGGGUGGAAUAAGAGGCUUAGGACUGGAGCUGCAGCACCAAGCAGGGGCGCCAUGCCCUACUCGGAUCAGUGCGUUCGAGAAGGCUAUGAGGUGUUUCGCAGAGAACCCGACAGAGAAUGUGAUCACACCUGUACUGUACUUGGCACCUCAUUCGACUUUGUGGGUGAGGCCUAUGACUUCUACAACCUGUAUUCAUGGGAAAAAGGUUUUGGCAUACGGUACAGGAAGAUCCGGCUAAAUGUGGAGUGGACGAAAUGCAUGCAAGAUAUAUUCUGUGUUUGUGAGGGUAAAGCAGGUGUAGAGAACACAAGGCUCGUGCAUAUGUGAAUGCCCUGCACUGAUAAGACUUCUACUGGGAAGAAGACAAUGGGUGGUAUAUCGUAGAGCAUAGAGAGAAUCAUAACCAUUCACUUUCCCCUAAUUUCGGUGAGACGAUCCAUUGGCCAUCACAUAAGCAUAUUGACAUGUACAGCUGAGAUCUCAUAAAGCAACUCAGGCAAAACAAUGUCAAUGAGUUUCCGGCACGUCGGGGCUGGGGACUUCUCUCCCCCUGAAUUUGCUGCGCACUUCCAUGGACGCCGAGAAGAGGUUGGGAGAGAGUGGAGGCCCUGGGAAGAAGAUGAUGCCAUUUCCCAUCAGCAGCGCACACUUGCCAAUUUUGAGUCUGUCCUGUAAUCUGAUUCUCGCCAGAUUCCCUUUGACAUAGGAGCUGGUUUGCAGGACGGUGGCGCCUAUCGGCAGUCUAGAGCAAUCGUCGGCUGCAGCGAUGAGCGCGGCCGCACAUAUCCGUGAGGAACAAGCAGGCGUGAAAUGGAGGAUGGCAAAGCUUGUCCACGGUAUUGGAGCUGUCGACCGGCAUGGUGAAUCCGCAAGCCCCGGGGUGGACAUAAAGGUGUGUGCGGUUUAGAAAUUCUUAUAUACUUUGGUUGUGUCUGAUAGCACUAUUGCUGAGAUUCUUUUCCUCUGAAAUCUGGAUCAGAUUAGUGCGGGAUGUAGAUUUGUGGCGACUAGUUAUGGAAUGGUGGACCUCAGCAUCUCGAAAAGGGGGAAAUGACGUGAUGAUUUUGUUGUUGUGUACAGUAUAACUAGAAACUAGUGUCCUUAGCAAUCACCACCAUUCAACUGUUCCCAAUCCACAUAUGAUUAACGGUGUUUUGGUUAUUCAUCGCAGGCUUGAAAUGUACAUAUAGUUCAAGCAUUUAUUUCUAGAGCGAUUGAACUAUAUAUUGCUUUUCAGUUUAUUCGUGUGGAGUGCUAGAUUAAUUACUUCCAAGUAUAUUUAUAGAUAACAAUAGAAAACAGAAAUCUGGGUUUUGUAACUUUUUUUCUGUUGGACCUGCAUAGUGGAUGCAUGCCGUUGAUCAUUCACUGAGGCAUCAAGAUGAGCAACAUCCUGAUGGAUAAGCAGCUGCGAUCAAAGGUUUCAGACUUCGGGCUGUCGAAGCAUGGUCACAGAGGAGUUCCACACCAAAACCAAUAUCUGUGGCAUGCUGGGCUAGAUCCGCAGUCACUACUCAACAGCCUUGUACUUUUGUUGCUUUCAUCUUGGGUCCUACGCACUUCUAGCUGAUUGUUCGGUGAUCUAUACCUUUGUUCUCAUGUUACAACUACAGGCCAUUAGUUAGGCAUAAAAGUGAUUUCUUUGCAGCAUGCAGGUUAUGUGCAGUGUGUCCAUGCCGUUAAAGAAUCUCAUAUUGCUUUCAAACUUCUACCAUAGAUAUUUAUUUUCUUUGGCCUAGCUGGUUCUGAUCAUAUCAAACCACUUAAGAAAGGCGCUACAGAAUUUUGUCGAUGGAGCUCACUCAAAAUAUUGGUCUAUCAUGUAAUGUAACAUCAAUACCUUUUAGUCCAACUAGGAUUUCUUUCAUUAUUGGAUCUUAAGUGUUUGCUAGGAUAAGUUAAUCGUUCUUAAGGUAGCUUCAGUCAUGGACCUUGAAUAAGUGUGUCAUUUCUAAUUUUAUCAUUUUUUUUCCUGCACAGCUGAUUUCUGGUAUGCCAUGGCGAUAUAUUUUAGUGUUGCUCAUGCUGUUGAUUUGGUGUGGUAUGUCUUAUCUAUCCAUGUGCUGCUUUGAAUGAUUAUUAUUUAUUAUAUUAUCUAUAUAGGUUAGACAAAUUUGUUAAAUCUUACGAUUUACAUAUUUCUCCUGAUGCAGCCAAUCACUAUACUAUUAUUUCUUUGUGGAUGGAGGACAGGCAAUGCUUUUUUCCAUUGGUUUAAACUUCUAAGUAUGAUGAACAUGUUCGCUAACAUCUAUCACAUGUAGAGGCAGUAGUAAUGCAUUCUGAUGUUCAAAUAAGAUAAGCUACUUGCAUUGCGAGACAUGUAUGAAGGGGAUCAUCUCGACACCUUUUCCCUCCAGACCUCUAUACUUUUUGGAAAUUCGUGCAAUAUUUUUAGAUCACAAUUUACCUUUAAAAUCUACCUAUGACGAUGGGCUGCAUGAGGAUAACCUGAUUAACGAUGAGCUCACCCGUGGUGUUGACAACCUCCUUAUAAUUUCUGAAACGAUGUACAAAGAUUAAAUAAGGUUUAGUUACUUGCUUACAGAUCUAUCAUUGAUCGAAUAAAAUGUGAAGAAAAAACUGUUGUUUAUUGUCUCUGCACAAUAUAACGUAUACUAAAUACUUAUGUAACACCUAUUGUCCUCACUCCCAUGUUUUUCCACUCCGGUGCCGUUGUCUAGACUAUGACCUCUGCCUUCUGAUGUUUCGUUUUUCUCUGCUGCUAGGUAUUUUUCUUGUAUUCCUGGUUUUUUGUUUAUACAGCUACCUUUUCCAUUGGUUUCUCAUUGGAUUUGAUGCAUCUAACCUGUCCAUAUCAUUACUGGAUACAUUAGUCUCUCCAUUGAUGUUGUUGGGUGUGUUUAUGUUUCUGUUCUUCACUGUCCUGGUUAGGAACAAGGUGUUUGCUAGCGCCAAUGCUGCUUUCUGAUGACGACAAAGUUGUUUCCAAUUGGUUUCUUAGGGUCGCCUUGAUGAGCGUGCUGAGGAAUUACAACCGGAACUCCCUCAGCGAUAGUACAACUUUCAUACAUGCCGAACGCACCACUUCCUGAUGUAGCCUUUGACUGAUCUACCUUUAGUUAUCUCAAUUCGACCGCGAGUCAGAGAAGUAUGAAGAGAAGAUGACUAGAAUUGCAUGUUGCUGCUUGAAUGAUAUUAUCGAGGGCUAGAACCAGGGGAAUUCUUGAUAAUAACCUUGUUUUGUUUUGUGAUAAAUGAUAGGGGAGGCCGCUAAUGAGGGCAAACUUAGCUAUUGAGGACCAUGCUGUGAAGAUAUACACAAUGGCUAUACUCAAGCAAUUCGGACAAUCCUAUAUGAGUGCAUCUGUUGUAUGAAAGUUGUGCUUCUGAUGCCAUCUGUAUCUGAAAGUUGCACUUCUGCCGACACAUUUAGUGGAACAUCAGUGGUAUGAUAUAGUGUUGUUCGAACUGGGUGUUUAGUCUUUAGUUGAUGCUGUGGAAUACAAUUGGUAGUAAGCUCUUCAUUGUACUAGUGAAAGCGUAGAUGUGCAAUGCAAAUGAUGUGUAGUUGAGCAUUUUGGAUUGAGUUUUCAUAGAUUUC